UCUCUUCUCUCUCUCUCUCUUUGAAGAUCGACACGUAUUGUGUGUUCAGACCAGAAACAUGAGUAUGGUGGGAGAACUGACCAAGGAACAGAUCCUUGAGUUCAGAGAAGCUUUCUGUCUAUUUGACGAGGGUGGUGAUGGUGAGUUUUACCAUUGUCGUGCACAUUUUCCAUGUCUUAUGGUUUUGCAACUUCUUUCAUUCAUCAACCGCCCUUAUGGAUUUGCAGCUUGCAUUACGUCGGAAGAAUUCGCAGCGAUUAUCCAGUCGUUAGACCGUACCCCGUCUGAGAACGAGCUGCAGGACAUGAUCGGGGCCGGCACCGCCGAAGGCAAUGGGGCGAUCGAGUUCGUGAAGUUCUUGGAGUUGAAGGCUAAUAACACCAAGGAUGCUACUGAUGUCGAGGAGGAGCUCAAGGAGGCUUUCAAGGUCUUUGACAAGGAUCAGAAUGGUUACAUAUCUCCUAGUGAGUUGAGGCAUGUGAUGAUCAACUUGGGGGAGAAGCUGACAGAGGAAGAAGUGCAGCAGAUGAUAAGUGAGGCAGACUUAGAUGGUGAUGGUCAAGUUGAUUUUGAAGAAUUUGUGAAGUUGAUGAGCACCCUUGGAUGAGUUUUUAAAAUCCUUGGAUCCAAAAGUACAAUUUGCAAAAAAAAAAAACAAAAUCAUCAUUACCUUCUAUAAAUCGCAUUUGCCCUUUUGGCUCACUUUAAUUGGUGUACCUAUGAUAGAAGUAUAACUUUCUUCUUUCAUUCAUCUUGCUGAUCUAAUGUAAAUUUAUGGAGAUUUUUCUCCCCUUUCUUCUGUUCUUCUAUAACGAUUGUCAGUGAAUGUCA